UCAGCUCAAGGAAGGGAGAGAAACUUAAGGAUCAGAAACCUUCCAUAUGUACUCUCUGUGAUCCAGAAUGUCAACCAGGACUCAUGGAUAGAUUAUUAUUAGAGCGGAAGUCUUUAUGUUCUGGGCGGCCGAGUUAUCCUUAUUUUGGCGUUCCUACAAAAAAGGAGCUGAGGUCCAAUGGUUAUCCCCUCCCAGUUUGGCAGAAUGUGGGCAUGCGUUUGCUUAACAAUUUUGAAGAGAAAUUUAGUGAAGAUAUCUGGAGUAAACUCGAAAGAAACGUUGCUUCAAAUAUGUCUCAAAGUGUUGUUGCAUUGGCUUCAUUCAGUGGAAAAACAAGGUGUUUUGCUUGCACUGGUGUAUUCAUAGACUGCAAUGGGUCCACCACAAGAGUUCUGACCUCCGCAAGUUUGGUUAGAACUUCUGACAAUGAAAACAAGGUUGCUGAUAACCUUAAGAUUGUAGUGUGCCUUCCAGAUAAUCGUCAUACCAGAGGGACAUUGCAACAUUACAGUCUACAUUAUAACAUUGCCGUAGUCUACAUCAAGAAUUUCUGCUGUACUCAGACAGCACAAAUCGAUAACCAGAUGCUAAUUAAACCUCAAAAGGAGGUAGUAGCUAUAGGGCGCGUCUACCAAUCAGGCAAAUUAAUGGCCACAAGUGGGAUCGUGAUUGACAAACCAAGUAAGCUUGGCUGCAAAGAGCUUAAGAUUUCCACCUGUAAAAUCACCAAG